UUUGGAGACCCGUUUCACGACCUUUCCGGCCGCCGCCGCCGUGGAGUGAAUGCAAGCUGACCUCUCUUGUCUCUCGCAGGUCGGCCGAGGGAAUCGCCAAGAACGAUGCCAAAGCGCCAGCGAGUCUGACGGGCACAACUCCGUGUUGGCGGAGGGAGGAUUUCGUGGUGACGACGGAGUGCGCUCCUUGCACGAGUUUCCAGAUUAAAACCAUGUCGGAAUGCGGCGUCACCGGGUUUGUUGAGCAGAUCAACUGCGGGCUGUCCAAGAAAGGCGAAUUCAAGAGUUGCCGCUCUUUGGAAAUGGAGACCCGGAUCUUCUGGAAGUUUGAGGGUGCCAUGCUGGGGGCCGCCGCUGUCUUCGCCCUUCUGGUGGUGUGCCGCCAGCGGGUGCUCGACGGGAAAGCCCUGGAGAAGGUGCGGAAGCAGAUCGAAUCGAUUUAGCGUCGGUUGCGGGCGAAGCAGAGCGGGACGGAUCCAGAGUUCGCCGCAGGGAGGAGCGGUCCGCUGCAGAGGAAGAGGGGGGGGGCUGCACACACACGCACACUCCCACGGACCGGUGUCGCUUCCCUCUCCAGGGUGGUGGCAAAAGAGGGGGGUGCCUCCCCUCCCCUUUGAGAAAACCCGCCACGUUUGGGGGCCCCCUCUUCCCUGAGCCUUCACCUCUGCCCGUGGGAAACCGUGCAAUUUGAACUCGCUUCCAGGCCCGGGAACGUUCGCCCGUCGUUUUGAGCCUCUCGCGGCUGGAAGUGCGUCGUACAAACGGGACAACGAGCCUCUUUUCAUCCCUUCCCUUGUAUAAAAUCCCCGAAUCCUUUUCCUCCGAAUUGUGAUUAAAGGCGUCGCUCCCAGCAUUGGUGGUUGUUUUGAAGUUGUGGCUUGUGGCCUUUUUUUUUUGAGGGGGGGGGGGAAACUUGUGAAGGUUUUUCUCGUGGGUUGAGAAUCGAGCAACGUUUAAAACUAUAUUUGGAGCAACGUGAAGGUCAUAUUUCAGGAGUGCUGAAUAUAACUCCACGCUGGCAACGAGAAAGGCAUCCGGCCAGUUAAAAAACACUCUGCUAGCUCCAUUCAGUUGUCUGAACUCCACCCCACAAGGAAUUGUGGGACUGUUUAAACGAUGGCGAUGAUGAUAAAAGGAAUAUUUCUCAGUGGAAGUGAGGUGGGCUUCAACUCCCAGAAUUCCCCAGUCGGCGCAGUGUGGAAUUCUGGGAGUUGAAGUCCACUGAUUGCAAAGUUGCCAAGGAUAGAGAAACACAGAUUUAAAAUAAGCUCAGCAAUUUUGGAAUAAAGGAAUAAACUGCAGGGAAAAGUGGAGGAGUGAGAAUCAACUAGAUCCUUACUGAUUGUAAAUCCAGUCUGCAUCCCCACAGUGUUUAAACCGCGGUUAGUUUUAUCCUGGGUUUUAUCUUUUGCAAUAGGGAAGAUGCCAACUGGUUGUGUUGAUAGGUAGAUGGCUUUGGACCGACUCAGAAAACGUGUUUCUUGUAGAACCCAGAUAAAUGUUGGGUGUGUUUGUGUGUGCAUGGAUCCAGAUUAUAAUUUGUCUUUUAUUUCAAACGUCGUUGGGUUG